AUGGCUCAAUGCCGCCGUGGCAGGAAGCACAAAGAGUGGUAUAUUGGACUAGGCAGACCUUUCCAUGACCAUGCGCUUGAAGGGCCCUUCAACUACAGUCCGGAACAGGAGAAUCUCUCAUUCUGUAUCGUCCAUGGUGAUAACGUCCGAAAUGGCGUUCCACUCCCCACUAACAUAUCUACCGAUGCUAUGGCCGUCCUGAAUUCAAUGACUUCGUUAGGGGACGUACCGCCGAGUCUGGAUAGGCUUCAGAUAUUACCCACUCCAUUGAAUCAACCUCCAGAAGACAUCCCUUCAAGAGAACUGCCAGCAUAUUUUCAGUCCUUUCCCAAGCACUUCACGGACGCAGAUAUAUCAUAUCUCCGAAGCAAAGGUGCCCUGAAUAUACCUCACAAACCACUUCGAAAUGAGACUAUUCGAUGUUACUUUGAAUAUAUUCAUCCUUAUUUGCCUUUACUCGAUCCUUUGGAGCUCCUCGUCGCGGUUGAUGGAAGCCGGAGCCACCAUUCUGGGCCACAACUCAGCCUGUUGCUGUUUCACAGCGUCAUGUUUGCUGCGGUCCCGUUUGUGGACGAGCCCUUGGUCAGGGAGGCGGGAUACGCCAACUUGAAGACUGCCCGAAAGGCGUUUUUUGAAAAAAGCAAACUUCUAUACGAUGUCGACUUUGAAUGUGACAGUAUUACUAUCAUUCAAUCUGUGUUGCUCAUGAGUUUUUGGUCUGACAGGCAAACACAAGACGCUCACAAACAAACCUGGCAUUGGGUCAACAUCGCAAUCUCCCUUGCCCAAACGGUGGGACUGAACCAGGACCCUGAGUCUUUGCCACUCCCACAGAGGAAGAAAAGUCUUCGAAAACGUCUAUGGUGGUGCUGUUUCAUGCGAGACCGAGUAAUCUCCCUCUACAUGAGCCGUCCAAUGCGGAUUCGAAGGGAGGAUUUUGAUGUCCCAUUGCCGACGCUGGAGGACAUUGAGAUCGACAGCCCCUCUGUUUCUCUAGACUUGGAUGCACGCUCGUCUUGUCUCGUCCAUUUGUCUAUCUACGACCGGACUGCACAAAUUGAGUUGGCUGAGAUCUUUAUCUCGUUUCUCAAGCUUUGCAUUGUGAUAGGAACCAUACUGUCUGCCCAGUACUCCCCCUUGAGACGACCUUCAGGGUCUCCAAACAGAGCUUCAAGGUCGGGUUUUUCAGCAUUGCUCUUCCCCGUCCACAGUCCGGGCUCGGAGCAGACUGUUACAAUGCCAACAGAGUCUGUCGUCUCACCUCUCGAGUCCACCUUGAGAGAGUGGUACAAUUCUCUACCUCCUUCAGCUUACUUAUGGCGACCACAGCCAGAAUCGCGGCCGCCGCAGUGGACCGAUACCACCCCAGAAGAUAUUCAUCGUGCAAGAGAUUGCGACACGUUAAAUACAGACAACCCCAGGCCGCCGAGCGUGGUGAUCCAGCGCGCCAUCUUGCACAUGUGCUACUAUACCGCCGUCUCAGCAUUACAUCGUUGCAAGAGAAGGUCUCGCCACUCUCAAAACCAAGUCUCAGAUUCUGCCUGCAAUAUCGCCAGGAUCUCAGCAUUCUUAAACGACAGAGGUCUCGUGCGCUACCUCCCUGUCACUGCUAUCACGAUGUUGGUACCAAGCAUCAUCACGAAUGCUCUUCUCGUCAAGUCGAUCAGUCAGGCGCCUCGUCCUGGCCAAGGAAGUUCCAGUCGUAACGGCGAGAUGGUCAGGGCGAGAGACAAUGUUAAUAGCUUAUUAGUGUCUCUCAAGACUCUUCAGAGGGUAUAUGUGGCCGCAGAUUGGGUGGCGCUGUUGGUCGAGGCCAUGCUCAACCGUGCGAAGAUAAAGAUCGUGGUGCCGCAGCCCGAUGGCUUGCGACUUGAUGCAGAGAAUGAGACGAGACACCGAGCAUUCGAAUUGGACGUUCAAAAUGUAUCAAUACAGUCUUGCAAAACGACAGCGGAGAGGAAUAAGCCAACCCCUGUUACCAUCAAUACACUUGCAGGGCAAAGCCAGGGCUUGCAGCCAGGUCUCACUCUAUCGGCAGACCUGCGUGGCCCUGACAUGAAUGGAUGUGCCAACGAUGGGGACGGCAGCUGGCAAGACCUAAUCAGUCCAACCAGUGCUCAGAUGUUUGGUUCCAGCACAGACGAGAGCCCGUGGUAUUCAAUAUUCAGUCCUGAGAACAGUGAUUCCCUGGGACAAUGGAACUUUGGUAGUCUCGGCAUCGAUGGGUUUGGCGAAAACGUGGACGGCAUGAUACCUUGGGACGGCACCGGUGUGGAUUGGAUUGCCUGA